UGUUCCAGCGAACACCAGCUGCUCCCCGCGCCGGGCGCUGCGAGCCGCCGCUCCGCCGCCGCUCCGCCGCCCGGCUGCCCCCGGCGCCCGCCGAGCCCCCUCGCAACUUGGCGGGGAGGCCUCCCGUGGGUGCGGCCCGGCCCGGCGCCCAGCUCCCGGUCCCCCCGGGCCGGCUGCCCGCGGCGGCUCGGUGCCGGCUGGGCGCGGAGGGGGCGGGGGCCGCGGCUCGCCCCCCGCCGAUGCGCCGCCGCGGAGCGCGCAGCGCGGGCGGACGAUGGAACUCCACAUCCUGGAGCACCGGCUGCAAGUUGCCAGCGUCGCCAAGGAGAGUCUCCCGCUCUUCACCUACGGCCUCGUCAAGCUCGCCUUCCUGUCCUCCAAGACCAGGUGCAAAUUCUUCAGCCUGACAGAGACGCCGGAAGAUUACACCAUCAUCGUGGAUGAGGAGGGCUUCCUAGAGCUGCCCUCCUCAGAGCACCUGAGCGUGGCCGAUGCUACCUGGCUGGCCCUGAACGUAGUGUCCGGCGGCGGCAGCUUCUCCAGCUCCCAGCCUAUCGGCGUGACCAAGAUCGCCAAGUCAGUCAUCGCCCCACUGGCCGAUCAGAACAUCUCGGUGUUUAUGCUGUCCACCUACCAGACGGACUUCAUCCUGGUACGCGAGCGAGACCUGCCCUUCGUCACCCACACCUUGUCGUCCGAGUUCACUAUCCUGAGGGUCGUCAAUGGCGAGACAGUGGCGGCCGAGAACCUGGGCAUCACCAACGGCUUCGUGAAGCCCAAGAUGGUCCAGAGGCCGGUCAUCCACCCACUGUCAAGCCCAAGCAACAGGUUCUGUGUGACCAGCCUGGACCCUGACACGUUGCCCACUGUGGCCACCCUCCUCAUGGACGUCAUGUUCUACUCCAAUGGAGUGAAGGACCCCAUGGCGGCCAGCGGGGACGACUGUGGCCACAUCCGCUUCUUCUCCUUCUCCCUCAUCGAGGGCUACAUCUCCCUGGUGAUGGACGUUCAGACACAGCAGAGGUUUCCCGGCAACUUGCUGUUCACCAGCGCGUCCCGGGAGCUGUGGAAGAUGGUGCGCAUCGGAGGGCAGCCGCUGGGAUUCGAUGAGUGCGGCAUCGUGGCCCAGAUCUCCGAGCCCCUGGCUGCGGCCGACAUUCCUGCCUACUACAUCAGUACCUUCAAGUUUGACCACGCGCUGGUUCCAGAAGAGAACAUCAGUGGCGUCAUCAGUGCCCUGCAGGUCAGUCAGGCCGCCAAGCACUAGGAGGGCCUUUCCCUGCGCCGGGCCCGGCCCCCACCCCAAGAUUGUUCUCGCAGUAUUUCUCCACGGACUGGAAAAACGGCCUCCGAGACCCCGAAGCAGAGGCCUCUGGGACACCCCCUCCCUCCCCACACUGGGGCCCACGCCAGGGCCUCUCCCAGGCCCCCCUUCCUGCCUUCCCCGAGCCCCCUGGCCCCCCCAGCCACGACCCGCCCCUGCCCACAGCCCCACCCGCAGAAGACAAGCUGGGGGGGCAAGGAGCUGGGAUCGCCUCCGCCUUCUCACGCGGCCCGGAAAGAAGGAAGCUGAUGGAGACGCUGCGGCGCCCUGGGGGGCUGAGUGUGGGAGCCCCCGGAGUCCCCCUGAGGCCCCCCUCAGCAGCCUUGGGAUCCGUCAGCUCAGGGCCGGCUCCCUGGGACGCGUGCGCACGUACGGCGGGGCUUGAGCUAGGGAGGCGGCCAGCAAGACUGUGCAGAGGGACCCUGUGUGGCCCCUCGCCCAGCGGGGAGGAAGGAACCCCAGGAGACCCACCAGCCUGGAGCACCAGCUCCUGUGUCCUCUGCUCCCCCCAGCCCCUCCUCGGGCAGGCACAGCCUCAGUUUCCCCCCAGCAGGGGCGUCCCCAGCACCCCAGACCUAGACCAGCACGGGGCUCCCGCCGUGGUCCUGCCCCACUCCCAGGGGACAUGGAAGGUCUCUGCGCCCCUGCCUGCCUGCCCCACCGCCCAGGGCUGUGGGCACUCAGGACUGGCUUGACCUGGGAGGCAGCUUAACUGAGCCUUAAUAGAUGAAACCGUGCUUUGUUUUAGUUCUUAUUUAAUGUAUUUGCGCCCGGGCUGCUGUUGAAAUCGAGAGAUGAGGCCAAGCUGAGGUCUUCAGCCAGGGCCCCCCCCCCCCCCCCGGAGCUCCGUGUUGCCCUCCUUUGUGCGUGGCAGCUGGGAGCAGGGAUCUGGUGCAGAUCCCACAAUGCCCUGGAGGCAAGGGGGUGGCUCUCACGGGACCUCCCGAGCCAGCCUGGUUGUAUCCGGGCAUCCCGGGGGCCAGCCCAGAGGUGGGCAGCAGGUGGCAGCCCGCGAGGGGCGGGGGCUCUUGUCCAGGAGGACCGGGAGCUGCUGUGUGCGCUGGGCCCGGGGAGCCUGCGAGGAUCUUGCUGUGUGGGGUGAGCUGGGUUGUGCUCUUUCCGGAAGGUCAGAGGGGAGGGAGUGUUGGCCUGUCCUCGCGAGGGGCUCCCGUGGGCCCCGCUGUCCCCUCUUCCCAGCUGGGUGGGACAGCAGGAGGGGCUGUCCAUUAGGUUCCCUGGGACUGCACAGGACCCACCCCACUCGUUAGGAACCCCCCCUUUUACUCUGAGUUAAUUCAUUUUGCACAAAAGCUCCCAAAACAAACCAAAUCUUGUCCGUUGUCUGCCGGUCCCCAGAGGUGGCCGAGUGAGCCCUGGCAGUGGCGGGAGCCCCCUCUCUUGACCUCGGAAGGCCUGGGGUGCCCGUAGUGUGGCUCUCCCAGCCCCAUCCAGCCCCGGGCAGCCCCGGGCCCCGCCCCCUGCCCUCCCCCCACCCCGUCACGUGUCCCUAGACCUCCUAGGACCUGUCCCUUGUACGCGCCUAUGAAUACCUGUGUUUUAUGUUGAUAGAGCUCUAUACUGUAAAUAGCAUAUAUACUUGAGCAAUAUAUACGUUAAUAUAUACUGUGUGCGCGCGUGGGGGUGGGCCGGGGCCCCCGCCCUGUGGUCUCCGCCGUGCACACAGGCACGAUUUUGAGCUGCCGUCUAUUUUUCAUUCAAGUAUAUAGGCAAUACGAUGACUAGAGAACCCCAGAGGGUCCCUGCGACCUGACCGGAGAGAAAACAAAACCAGCAAACCCAGGAGCCAGCAUCCGGGACCCGCCGUGCUCUGGGUCGUGGGUCUCGCACCCCCACUCCCCAGCCAAGGCCUUUGGUCGGAGGCGGAGUUGGUCCCGAGAGAGGAGCGGUUGGAAGUUUUCCCUUGCACACAGAGCAGCCCCCACCCCCGCCCUCGGUCAGGGACCCCGCUUCACCUGCUGACCCCGAUGCUGGCCGCUCACUCGGUGUGCGUCAUUUUGGGGGUUUUUUUCUUUUCUUUUUUUUUUUAAACCUGCAAGCUUAGAAACCUCAGGUUCUCCUCCCAGGUCUCCUGGGGACUGGCCGAGAAAGGCACGCGUGACCUUGAUGUUGUGUCUGGGAGGGGGCGUGGCAUGAGAGCACCAUGCUCCGGCCUCCUUGGGGGGAGCCGCCGCCCCUGGGGACCCCACUUCUUGGCCACAGUGCACCCCAAGCUCUUUCCGUGCCCUCCUCCUGGUUGUGUGAAAGCUGGCUUCGUCCUCUUCUCCAUGUCCUUUGUGUAGCGUGGUCCCGCUGUGGGCUCUGCGGCACUUAGGAGGAAGUCGGGGCAGGCGGUGGUCAGUGGCUGUCCCAGUGGCCGGCUGCCCUUGUCCUAUUCCCGUACCACCUGCCAUCUCCUAGCUUGUUACGUGAGAGGGUCUCUCCAGCUCCCCCUCGGAGGACGCCUGGCCCUGCCCCAGCCUCAGAGGGGGCCUGUAAGACUCCUGGCUCUGGCUGGUGAGGAAUUGGGGAGGGGCAGGAAAUGGGACCCCCCCCCCCAUUGAGUCUGCAGGGGCAGGGCAGGCUGAGCCGGGAGCUGCUCCCUGAGCUGCAGGGGUCUAAGCUCCACCCUCACCCUCACCCGCUCCAUCCCUGCACACUGCAGAAAGGGCAUCGACCCCCCUCUCCCAGUGAUCAAGACCCCCUCCCGCUCAGCCCUCUGCACAGGGCUCCCCUAGCUCCCAGGCCUGACCCGGCAAAGGUUCUGGCAUGGACCCUUCCUCCAGGGAGACCUCCAGAGCCUCCGAAAGGCACAGCCCAUGCUGCUGCCCUCAGUUCAGGGCACAGGGCAGCGCUGGGGAGGCCGGGGGCCCCGGGGCUGGAGGAGCCUCUGCUCCCCAACAUUCAUGGGGGGCCCUGGAGCCUCCCAAACCAGCAGCAUUUGUCACCUCCCUGGCCUGCGGCAGCCUGGCCCCACACAGUGACCAGCUGGGGAGACUUGGACUGGUGGGGCUUGUUCCCCGUCCCAGCGAGGGUCCCCUCUGCCUGAUGCAUGCUCUUGGAAAUGAACCUCCCCAGCACACCCCCCACCCCCAGAGGAGCCCCGGGCCACCUUGCUGAGCCUCCAGAUGUGGCCACGGGGGCCAGGCAGGGGGUACAGCAGAGCAUGUACUAGGGUCUGGGGUGGCUUGGGGAGCAGAGCCUGGUGAGGGGGGCUUUCCAAAGCGGGGGUCCGCCCACAGCUGGCCGGGAGGGAGGUGGGCGGCUGGGGCGAGGGGAGCCCAGCCUUUUUCCUGUGUCUCGAAGCCCACCCCAGCCUUUUUUCUUUCGUUGUCAAACCAGGACAAGCGGGACUCUCCCUCCAGGUCCCCCUGGGGAGGUGGCCGCCUUGGUGGGGAGGUGGGGCCGAGGGCAGCCCUCACCGGGGGCUGGGGCACCCACGGGGGUCUGUGGCGCUUGGUGUAAGUGGACAGGCGAAUGCAGGAGCCGUGGGUGCAGGUGGUCCUUGUCCCCCGCGAGGGGCAGGACACUGUUCUGUGCAUGUUUAGAAAAACGCGGGUGUGUGUGAGCAUGUGUGUGUGUGUGUGUGUGAGAGAGAGCGAGCGAGAGAGCACAUGUGUGCUUGCGUGAACUUGCACCUGAGCUAAGGGCCAGGCUCGCUCAGUACAGUGGUGGUUGAGGGGGUGGGGUGGGGGCGCAGGCUGGAGUGUGGUGGGUGGAGACCCUAGAGGUGGAAGCAGAGCUGUGCCCAGCAGGGCUGUGGCUCCCCAGUGCCAGGCCUGCCUGCCCACGUGCCCUGUUCCAGAGCCCGGGUCCUGAAGAGCAAGGUCGUGGGGCGGGGUUGCCACCUCGCCAGCAGGGCCGGGCCAGCAAAGGUGCAGACCCCAGUAGGGGUAGAAUGAAAAGGCCAAGUUCCCCUCUGCUGCCUCGGUUUACCCAUAUUCAGAAACGGGCCACAGAGAGUUGAGCAGGGUUGGCUCCAAAAAACAAAACCAAACCAUCCCGAGCCCUCCUCUUGUUGCUGUAUGCCAAAAUCAUUUCCGUUACCCCGAGGUGGAGGAGCAGGGGGUGGUCAGUGCACUUGGGGGGUGGGGAGGCCUGUGUCUUGCCCCGGAAGUGGAAGUCGUCUUGGGGGGGGGAGGCGGGGCACCUCCUGGCCACGCCCUUCCGGCCUUUGCCCCACCUGCCGUGCCCAGGUCACCAGCAACAGAGGAUGCGCCCACGGUGGGGGGGCGGGUUGGGGGAGAACUGGCGGGCCCGCCCACAGACCCUCUAGACUCAUGUACUGUAUGAUGGAGAGGAAAAAAAUACCUAAUGUCCCCCCCCCCCAAAAAAAAGACAGUAUAUUUUGUACUUUGUAAAGUGUUCAUUAAAAUGAAGACGAAAAAGGCA